AUGUCCUCUCGCACGCUGGCUAUAGUGUCGUCUGGACAGAGCGCAGGGCUCAAAGACAGGGUGUUGAGGAUGCAUUCUCCUCAGCAUCCAAAGCUCAGGUUGGACGAAGACACGGAGUCCGGCAUCGGCUCCACCCUUGACCUCACAGGCAGCGGCGAGGGUGACUGCAAACAUACAAAUCAGCCCUUUGGAUCACCUUCGUUAAGAGCGGCAGACAGAGUUCCCAGAGAGAACGAAACCCCCCGUCAGGCCUCAGCAGCGAGUCCACGCAAGAUCAAACAGCUCCUUAUCAGCAUAUCCAAGGUCCCUCUUCUCUUCAUCCUUCUCUUCUUCUUUAUUUGCUCCCUGGACACUCUGAGCUCUGCCUUCCAGCUGGCAGGGGGUAAAGUGGCGGGGGACAUUUUCAAGGACAAUGCGGUGCUGUCCAACCCCGUGGCUGGCCUGGUGGUGGGGAUUCUGGUUACCGUGCUGGUUCAGAGCUCAUCAACCUCCACCUCCAUUGUUGUCAGCCUGGUGGCCUCCGGAUUGCUAGAAGUGAAGUCGGCAGUUCCAGUCAUCAUGGGGUCCAAUAUUGGCACUUCUGUCACAAACACCAUAGUGGCCAUGAUGCAAGCUGCAGAGAGAAAUGAGUUUCAGCGCGCCUUCGCCGGAGCAACCAUCCAUGACUGCUUCAACUGGCUGUCUGUCCUGUUUCUGUUGCCUCUGGAGGCGGUGAGUGGGUUAAUGACCCGGCUGUCCCACCUCCUGGUCAGUAUCUUACAAAUCCAGUCUGGGGAGGACGCCCCCGAGCUUCUAAAGGUCAUCACUGAGCCAGUCACAACGCUCAUCAUACAGCUGGAGAAAUGUGUGAUCACAGGGAUUGCCAUGGGAAAUGAGGGCAUGAGGAACAGGAGCCUGGUGAAGGAAUGGUGCCAGUCUGCUGGCAAUGAGAGUUUUGACAACUGUGGCCUUAAUGAGAUCCCAUUGUCGUCACGUGUUAAAUGUAAGUAAUCAGUUUUUGUUUUUUACUUUUUAAAAGCUAAAAAUGAAAUAAAAAUCUCAAAAUCUGUUUUUUUUUUUUCUUCUAUUUUAGGUAAGCAUUUGUUUGCAUCCACACAGUUGUCAGACCUCACAGUGGGUCUCAUUCUCCUGGCUGCUUCUCUGGUGGUCCUCUGCUCAUGCUUGCUGCUUCUGGUCAAACUGCUUAACUCUCUUCUUAAAGGUCAAGUCGCAAAAGUCAUCCAUAAAGUCAUUAACACAGACUUGCCUUAUCCAUUUGGGUGGCUGGCGGGAUACUGUGCCAUGUUUGUGGGUGCAGGCGUCACAUUUGUGGUCCAAAGCAGCUCUGUUUUUACUUCAGCCAUGACGCCACUGGUAGGCAUUGGUGUCAUCAGUCUAGAGAGGGCCUAUCCUCUCACCCUCGGCUCCAACAUUGGCACCACUGCCACUGCUCUGCUGGCAGCUCUGGCUAGUCCUGGGAAUAAACUAGCAGCUGCAAUACAGAUUGCUCUCUGUCACCUCUUCUUCAACGUUUUUGGGAUCCUGCUUUGGUAUCCAAUUCCCUUCAUGCGCAUACCCAUAAAGAUGGCUCGUGUCCUGGGGGAGCGGACUGCCAAAUACCGCUGGUUUGCAGUGCUAUACCUGCUUCUCUGUUUCUUGGUCUUUCCAUCAAUAGUGCUGGGCCUCUCCUUAGCUGGCUGGCGGGUCAUGGCCGGUGUUGGGGGUCCUUUUCUGGGGAUCACCCUCUUCAUCACCACCAUAAACGUGAUGCAGUCUUGUAGCCCUCGCCAUCUGCCCACCAAGCUCCAAAACUGGGACUUCCUGCCUAAGUGGAUGCACUCUCUGAAGCCGCUUGACCGCCUGAUCACCAGCGCAACCGUCUGCUGCAGAGUCACAUGUGAAGAGGGUCAGGAUGAUGAGAAAGAGGAGCCCAUCUUAGAACACCCAGCACCUGUUAGUGUGGAGGAAAAGUCCUCUCAAAGGACAGAACAGCUAGCAUACUCUAACCCGGUGCUAGACUGUCUUGAUGAGACGAGUCCAGGCGUGCUGGUUUUUAAAUUACGAGGGUUAGAAAGGUGCAACAGCACUCCACUGUGAAAACAAAGAUAUUUUAGAGUCCACAAAAGGUUAAAUGGACUCCAACUUAAAAUUGUUUGAGUACUCCAAAGGGCUUUGAAAAAAAAUAGAUGUCAUAGUUUCUAGAUGUCAUUCUAUAACCCCUUAGAUGUAUUAUACAUCUCUACAGCCAUGUGGCAGACAGAAAGCAUUGAUUUAAGAUGAAAUGUCUUAAAGUCUUGCUAUUAAAGCUCAAUGUUGAAAAGAAACCCAAAACAAGGUAUAAUCUGUACUUAAUGGAGGGCUUUGAGGUUCAUGAUUAUCAGUUGAGUAAAUGAUUGAGCUUUGAGUAAAUUAGGCAAGUCAAGCAUUCUUUUUGUUAUCACUUUGAGUGCAGCAGCAUGGAUGUGAGUGGCAUAUUCAUCUGAAACUUUACCUAAAUUGAGGUUUGGAACUUGUGAGCAAUUAAUUUUUUUUAUCAACCGAUUUCUAUUAACCUUCGAGCAUUAUAGUGAAAAGUCUGACUGGCAGAAGCUGUUUCCUGUUUUGUUUUUUAACGUGAGAAAUUCGCUGCAUUGCAAAGGUAUUAACGUUGUUUUUAAACCCAUGAACUCAAUUCCACUUGAAGGGGUAGCAGGAAAAUAAAAUGGCUUUUUACAUAAGUCUGAAACUUCCGGCCUCGAGGGUCGAUGACCUACAUGUGUUUUCCAACUAACCUGCCAUUGAAGCUCUACAUUGGCUAAACACAUCUGAUCCAGGUAAUCAGCAGAAGAUGAGGCAGGAUUUCUUAAAAACCAGCAGGAUGACGCCCCAAGAGUUCCCCACAACAAACCGUGGACUCAAAUACACAAAAUCACAUCAACCCGUUUGUUUCUACACUGGGAUUCAAAGAUACCUGAAUUAAGGUCUUGUUUGCUUUCUCUGCAUCUGGGUCCAGAUGAGCUUUCACACCAGCCAAAUUAACUAAACUUUGAGGUGAAAUGAACUUAUGUGCCAGAGUGAAUAUUUAGUUAAAAUGGUAAAUGGCCUAUACUUGUACAGCCCCUUUUUAAACCUUGCUUUAAGGCCCAAAGUGCUGUACAGUCUUUACAGUCAGUCCCAUUCACCUACACUUUCACUUACUGAUGACAGCUUUACUGUUUUACAAUGGGGCCAACCUAUAACCACCAGGAGCAAUGUGGAGUUCUGUAUUUUGCCCGAGGAUACUUUGACACGUAGGCAGGCAAGGUGGAAAAGGAACUUUUGAUCCUUUGGGAAGAGACCAAUCUCUUUUCCUCAGCACCACAGUCGCUUCCUAGAUAUAAAUCAUUGUAGCUUCUCUGGUAUUCUAGUGAUUAUUCCCCUUGACCAGGUUUAGGUUAUUGGUUAAUUCUAAUUAUGAAUCUUAACUUGAAUAUAUGACCAGUUUUUGUCUUGACCUAGACUUAAAAUACAUGAUCAAAUCUUUGGCAUAAAAAUAUGAAUUAGUUUCACCGGAAAAACUGUAUUUUGACAUCAGUGUUUUGCAGUUUUUCCUGUUGUCGGUUUUAGAAUUAUCCUGGAAGUGAAAGUAGGGCGUUACAAAGCUGCAUUCACACUGGACGUGAAUUUGUGCAUCAAAUUCGCGUCUGCCGCCUCUCUUUCGUCAAGUUUACUGCUCAAUGCCUUAACGCCUGGCCAUGGGACAACCACCAACGUUUCUCUUGAUUUCAUUUGCUGAAAACAUAUAUCAUGUUGAGCAAGUAGCUUGAGUUUAUAUGCUUUGGAGAGCUCUACAGAGGCGCCAGCAAGCACAUCUCAGUGUCUGGGUUUACCGGAUUACGGUUGUAAGAAAAUAUCAAUUCAGUUAACAAUCGCGAUAAUUUAUUUGGUGAUACUUGUAUCAAUUUAAAAUAUUGCCAUGGCGAUAUUUGAUUAAAUACUUAAAAUAAAAUCAUAUAGGUCUGUCUUAUUUUUUUUUUAUUUUUUGCACCUAAAUAUUUUUUUUUAAUUACCAAAAGAAAAGCACAGUGAAUUUACUUGGGUAAAAGCAACUUGUUUACAGUUGCAGUACUUAAUGUUUUGAUCAUUACAUAACAGGUAUUAUACAUUUUUUUACUUUUGCGAAAAAUGUAUUAAUAUUCAUGUAAUUCUUAAGUCAUAAUAAAAAAAAUAAUGAAAUAUUUUCUGAUUCUGUCUUAGGAUGUAUUGCAAUAUGCAUCAUAUAGCCAGAUUCUUGCAGUCUCUUCCAAAAAUAAUAAAAACACCAUAAUCGAGCGGAUCUUUUUUCAACCAGCUGAUCGAGUCACUGAAAAUGUCUUGUGGCCAAGCUGACUCCCUGGUUAGUUGACACAGCUCGCUACAUUUGACACUCAAAUUGAAACACAUCCGACAUUAAAAUCGCACCGCAGGACUUCAGAUCACAUUUGCACAUAGACUUAACAUUGAAACUCGACGCCCCUGCCGUGCAAAUUGCAUCCGUUGUGAAUGCAGCAUUAAGUAAGACUGACCGAAGCGAAAAAUACAGAAAUUCACAUUUAUGCUAAUUUUCAACUUAAAUGACCCAGUGGCGCUAACAGUUUUGGCCUAUCAAGAAAGCUGUCUUACAAUUAAAACCCUCAUUUCAACUGGAACUGGUAUCUACUCCACAGUACCAGACUAUAGAU